AUAACUUACUAAAGUUGUAAAGCCAGCGGAAUCUUAGAAACACGGCGGCACGUGCGUACCUUUCGCAACGGUGAAAAACAAACUGUAACACACCACUGGACAAUUGGCCGGUCGAUAAAACCUCGCUACCACCGUGUGUGUCAGAAAAAAAGAGAGCCAAUAGAUUCCGGUGAAGAUCCGGAAAAAUUAUGUCUAACAUCAAUGGAGAUUCAAUGGAUUCCAAACGGAACCCCAACAUUCCGCUACCAGAACGACGUCCUCUCCUGAAGAAAUCAAGGACGAUCGCUGAUUCCAGCACUGCUCACUUCCCCGGUCCACUCUUCCCAGCCGUCCGCCGGCCCUCCUCCGAUGAGUCAACUCCUCCUCUUCCACCAUCUUCCUCCUCCUCCACCUGGUCCCCCCGACGAUCAUUCGACUCAUCCGACAGCUCCAGCACUACCACCAGCGACACUUUCCCCGGUCAAACCUUCGGGUUUGCUGAUCGUGAUUACGUUUAUCCAUCAUUUCUUGGACCUAACACGACUCGAAACCGGGUGACAGUUGUUAAAUCUUCUGCGUCUAAGUCACUGAGGAAACAACCGCCUGUUUCGUCUCCUUCUCCUUCUCCGGUUCGAAGCGCUUCGAUGCCUAAGAGUUUGACUACCACAGGGGGAAGCGAAAUGCAAUCAGCUUCUGCGAGUGCGAGUACGUCACAUUCACCGGCGCCGGGGUCAGAUUCUAAAUCGGAGAGAAUUGUUCCGCCAGUGCUUGCUCAAGUUCCAGUUUCUAAUUUGACUUCUUCGUCUUCCCUGACUUCAUCUUCUCCUGCUCGCAAAAACGCCACGAUCAGGAGUUCGUUGAUACGUAACCUGCUUGCACUUUUAUGUGUAGUGUUUGCAUCUUAUGCAAUAACAUUAAGGAAUGAAGUCAAGAAGCUUCAGGAAGAGAAUUAUGAUCUUCAUAGAACUUGUUUGAAUAAAGACAUUCCUCAUGAUGAAAGCACAGACAUUUUCAAACAUGAAAGUGACAAUUCAUUUGUGUAUAUUGGCAACACUGACACCCGAAACAUUGCUCUCUACACUGUUCUGUUUACUCUUGUGACACCUUUUGUAUUAUUCAAAUAUCUUGAUGAUCUUCCCAAACUCAAGAACCUCUCAAAACGUUCAAAGAACAACAAAGAAGAGGUUCCAUUAAAGAAAAGAAUCGCAUACAUGGUGGAUGUGUGCUUCUCUAUCUACCCUUACGCAAAACUACUUGCCCUUCUCUUUGCAACUAUCUUUCUCAUUGCAUUUGGUGGUUUAGCACUUUAUGCUGUAAGUGAUGGUAGUCUUGCAGAAGCCCUUUGGCUUUCUUGGACAUUUGUAGCAGAUUCAGGGAAUCAUGCAGAUAGAGUUGGCACUGGAUCAAGAAUUGUUUCAGUCUCUAUAAGUUCAGGAGGGAUGCUGAUAUUUGCAAUGAUGCUAGGGCUUGUUUCAGAUGCUAUCUCAGAGAAAGUAGAUUCAUUACGAAAAGGGAAAAGUGAAGUCAUUGAAAGCAACCACAUACUUGUUCUUGGAUGGAGUGACAAAUUGGGUUCACUUUUGAAGCAACUGGCAAUAGCAAACAAGAGCAUUGGUGGUGGUGUGGUGGUUGUCCUGGCGGAAAGAGACAAGGAGGAGAUGGAGAUGGAUAUAGCAAAACUUGAGUUCAGCUUCAUGGGCACUUCAGUUAUUUGCAGAAGUGGUAGUCCUCUUAUACUUGCUGACUUGAAAAAGGUUUCGGUUUCAAAAGCACGUGCUAUAAUAGUACUUGCAGCAGAUGAAAAUGCAGAUCAAAGUGAUGCACGAGCAUUGAGGGUUGUGCUUAGUCUUACUGGAGUAAAAGAGGGGCUAAGAGGUCAUGUGGUUGUAGAAAUGAGUGAUCUUGACAAUGAACCCUUGGUGAAGCUUGUUGGAGGUGAACUCAUUGAGACAGUUGUUGCACAUGAUGUGAUUGGAAGGUUAAUGAUUCAAUGUGCUCUUCAACCUGGUCUUGCACAGAUAUGGGAAGAUAUAUUGGGGUUUGAAAAUGCAGAAUUUUAUAUCAAAAGGUGGCCACAGUUAGAUGGUUUAAGGUUUGAAGAUGUACUUAUUUCGUUUCCAGAUGCGAUCCCUUGUGGAGUAAAGGUUGCUUCAGAAAGAGGGAAGAUAAUAAUAAAUCCAAAAGAUGAGUAUAUAUUAAAAGAAGGUGAUGAGAUACUUGUGAUAGCUGAAGAUGAUGACACAUAUACCCCUGGCCCUUUACCAGAGGUACGAAGGGGUCUCUUUCCAAAAAAAGUCGACCCUCCAAAAUUCCCAGAAAAGAUAUUAUUUUGUGGUUGGCGACGUGAUAUUGAUGAUAUGAUUAUGGUUCUAGAAGCAUUCUUGGCUCCAGGGUCAGAGUUAUGGAUGUUUAACGAGGUAUUGGAGAAAGAAAGAGAGAGAAAAUUAGUGGAUGGUGGACUUGAUAUUUCAGGACUUGUUAACAUUAAACUCGUCCACCGUGUUGGAAACGCAGUUAUUAAAAAACAUCUAGAAACUCUCCCUUUAGAAACCUUUGAUUCUAUUCUAAUUCUUGCAGAUGAAUCUGUAGAAGACUCAAUUGUCCAUUCAGACUCACGUUCUCUAGCCACCCUCCUUCUCAUCCGAGACAUUCAGUCAAAGCGGCUUCCAUAUAAAGAAGAAACUCACACAAGCUCAACAACCGCUUUCUCUCAUAGUUCUUGGAUACGUGAGAUGCAACAAGCUUCUAAUAAAUCAAUAAUAAUAAGUGAGAUUUUGGAUUCAAGAACUAGAAACCUUGUUUCUGUCACAAAAAUUAGUGAUUAUGUUCUUUCAAAUGAGCUUGUGAGCAUGGCUUUAGCAAUGGUGGCUGAAGAUAAACAGAUCAAUCGUGUCCUUGAAGAACUUUUUGCAGAAGAGGGAAAUGAGAUGUGCAUUAAACCAGGGGAAUUCUAUCUUUAUGAUCAAGAAGAACUCUGUUUUUACGACAUCAUGAUAAGGGGUCGCGAAAGGCAUGAAAUUGUAAUUGGCUAUCGUUUAGCGACAGCUGAACGUGCAGUAAUAAAUCCUGUGGAUAAAAAUAAGCUUGUUAAGUGGUCGCUAGAUGACGUUUUUGUUGUCGUUGCAUUAGGCGAAUGAGAUUCACUUCACAUAGUGUCGUAAAUAACCCUUGAUAAGUGUUGGAAAAGGCAAAUAGAUUAAUGGCUCACUUUUAGUGCUGUAUAUUACUAAAGUGUCGCGAAAAAGUCUUUUACCUUAAGUUUAUUGUUUGUAUAGGUGACGAAGACGUCCCAUUUAAACAAAUUUUUUUUUUUUUUUUUUUUUGUUUAUUUAAGGUCAUGUGAUUGUUUGAAGAGACAAAUGUCGUAUAAAAUGCGCUACAAAUUAAUUCUUGAAUAGUAUCUGUGAUUUUUGAUA